CCCCAGUACCCAGGGGAGUUCCUGCACCCCGUGGUGUACGCGUGCACGGCCGUCAUGCUGCUCUGUCUCCUCGCCUCCGUCGUCACCUACAUCGUGCACCAGAACACCAUCCGAAUCAGCCGGAAAGGCCGACACACACUCCUCAAUUUCUGCUUCCACGCGGCUCUGACCUUCACAGUGUUUGCCGGCGGCGUCAACCGCACCAAGUACCCAGUCGUGUGCCAGGCGGUGGGCAUCCUGCUGCACUACUCCACGCUGGCCACCAUGCUGUGGAUCGGGGUGACUGCCAGGAACAUCUACAAGCAGGUGACCAGGAAGGCUCCACCGUGCCCGGGCGCAGACCAACCGCCAUACCCCAGGCGGCCCCUGCUCAGGUACUCGGGCACCCACGUGUGUGGCCACCUCUACCCCCAAGGCACCGAGAGCCCCCAGUUCUGGGCUACCUUUGGGGGUCUCAGCAAACCGGCUCACAGGGAAACUUGGGGUCCAAGGACGAUCCACUCUGCACAGGUGGCCAGGGUUGGGGGGGCGCUGGGGGCAGGGUGGGGUGUCAGAGAUGGGAUGUCAGGGUGCUGGAUACAGUUGUGUGCUGGGGGCCGGUGUGUCCCUCUGCCUGCUUGUGUCUGUGCUACUGAGCUCCACGCCACAAGGGGCUGUGGUGGAGACAGCUCUGGGCGGUGGAUCAGUGCUCCGGUCUUGGCUACAGUUCAUUCAUGGGUCUCAACCGCGGUCCUUCUUACACCGGCUGUGGACCCGGAGCCCCAGCGCCCGGGGACGGCACUGCAAGCCUUGGCCGUCGAUGCCGCCCAGCAGAUCGAGGACAGUCCAUCUCCGGCGGGGCCCGAGGCCGGCCCCCACCUCGAGGCCCGGCCGGGCUCGCUGCCCGCCUGCGACGCCCUGGCCGUCUCACUGCUGCAGAACGAGCACUCGCUCAAGGCCCAGCUGCGGGCCGCGGCCUUCACGCUCUUCCUGUUCGCGGCCACCUGGACGUUUGGGGCGCUGGCCGUGUCUCAGGGCCACUUCCUGGACAUGGUCUUCAGCUGCCUGUACGGCGCCUUCUGUGUGACGCUGGGGCUCUUCGUGCUCAUCCACCACUGUGCCAAGCGGGAUGACGUGUGGCACUGCUGGUGGUCCUGCUGCCCCUCCCGCGGGGACGCCCACCCCACGAAGCUCGCCACCUGCCCCACGCUCGACACCAACGGGGACGCACUGGGGCACGUGGCCUGUCUGCAAGAUUCGCCGUGUCCAGGCCAGCCACGGGGCUUCAGCCACGUGCCCGCGGGCCACUGCAAGAUGACCAACCUGCAGGCUGCACAGGGCCACGUCAACUGCCUGUCGCCAGCCACGCCGUGCUGCGCCAAGAUGCACUGUGAGCAGCUGAUGGAGGACGCGGCCCACGUCCAUGUGCACGAGGAGGACGCCUUUGGGCACGACCCGCACCUGCACAGGUGUCUCCAGGGCAGAACUAAGCCGCCGUACUUCAGCCGGCACCGGGCAGCCGCAGCCGAGCAGGAGUAUGCCUACCACAUCCCGUCCAGCCUGGACGGCAGCCCCCGCAGCUCACGCACAGACAGCCCCCCCAGCUCGCUCGAGGGCCCGGUGGGGGCGCACACACUGGCCUGCUGCGCCCAGGGCGACCCGUUCCCCUUGGUCAGCCAGCCCGAGGGCAGCGACACCAGCCCGGUGCUCUACGGCUGCCCCCUGCGGCCAGGCAGGGAGUCGGCCCACGGCCCAGCACACUUCGAGACGCUCCGGAGGACGCAGUCCCUGCCCUUCGGUGGACCUGGCCAGAACGGGCUGCUCGAGGGAGACGUGUGUGAAGUCCUGUCCUUCAGGGCCAAUGGCAUGGGCAACAUCCGGACAGGGCCUUGGAAGAAUGAGACCACCGUGUAGCUGGGCUGGGGCCUCACGUCGCCCAGCCCUGACGGACGAGCUUCGGAGCAGAGCAGGGUCCUGCCACGUGAGGCCGGCGGGGGUUCACUUCUCAGAAGUGGCUAGCACCCCCACUGACCCUUCGUUGUGAAGGACCCAAGCGGGAAGAUGCUUCGGGCCACAUCUGCUUCCGCUAAUCUUGAGGUCAGACGGGCCGUCCGCGUCCCAGUCACCGGCUUUCUGACCCAUAGUACCCAGUCCCAGCAGCCCAGGAACAGCAGGGUUUCUACAAGGAAAACACCCUCCGUGCCCGGCUUGGGCUGUGGGGAGCCCUGGGGUGCAUCCUGUCUGCCCCGCCAGCCUGCCCACAGCAGGGGGUGCCACCCACUUUUUCUAGUGUCUAGUGUGUGUCUCCUUAAGUUUUAUUCCAAGGCAGGCUGCUGGUCAGUAGAGGGCGCUCUGGACCUGGGCAGUCACUGCCAGCCCCUCUGCCAGCCCUAGUCUGA